AUGGAAAAAUUACCGUAUGGUCCUCCAUACCCUGUGUCUCCAUUAAUCAGAUCUGCCAGGUACGCUUUUCUUUUCGCUGGAAUUGUUUACGGCCUUGUAAAACAAAGUAAAUACUCGGCUCAAGAAGAAAAAUGGCGCGAAGAGGAAGCUAAACGGAAGAAAAUUCGUGAUAAGCAAAAUGCAAUUUUGAAAGCAAGAAUUGCAAGGGAAGAGAAAGAAACCCUGAAACUUUUAGAAUCUGGAAAAUUAUUUGAAGUUCCCGAGGAAGCUAGGCCUGAGUCUGAGACUGAUACUGAAUUAUCAUGUGGCAAGCCAAAAAAGAAAACUUGUCAUUGUAAUGAUUGA